AAGUAAAAUUCAAAAUCCACACUUUAGAAACCUUACAUCUAUUAAAGGUUUGAAUCAUUAGAACAUGAUGGAUGCAUGCAAAUGCAACAUGGUUUCUGUAUAAAGUUUAGCUUUUUGAGUCUUGAAGAAAAGGAAUGGUGUGGUAUGGGAAUAGUGAAGAAAGGAUGAUUGAGACAUCAUGAGAAAGGAUGACACAAACCCAAUGGAAGCUCUCUUACCCAUGACAUGUCUCUUUUUUACCUUCUUCUUCUGUGUAAUUUAGAAUUGUCCCCACAAACUCUGUCUCCACUUCAAGACAAAACUGCUUCCACCAAUAAUAUCUCUCUCUCCUCUGCUCUGCUCAGCCUCACCAACUCUUACAGUACCCAAAUGCAUCUAUUUUUCUUACCUCUCUGUUUUUUACAGCUCCUCUGUUUCCACUCUACUCUCAAUAGCUUUAGUAAAGACUCACUGUUCUAUAUAAAGCUAACAGUUACAAGUCCAGAAAAGCUCAGAAUCAGAAGAGAGUACAUGAGUUUCCUCUUCUGCCUCUUUGGUGAUUCUUAGCAUUUAUUAUUACUCACUCAUCCUGUGUUCAUUACAUUACAUACCAAACAAGAGCUCUCAAAUGAAAAGGUUUCAAGGACACAUCAACCCCUGUUUUUUCGAUCGAAAACCGGAUGUGAGAAGCCUAGAAGUUCAAGGAUUUGCAGAGGCUCAAAGCUUUGCCUUCAAAGAAGAAGAGGAAGAAAGCUUACAAGAUACAGUUCCAUUUCUACAGAUGCUGCAAAGUGAAGACCCCUCAUCGUUCUUUUCAAUCAAAGAACCAAACUUUCUAACACUAUUAUCUCUUCAAACCCUCAAAGAGCCUUGGGAACUCGAAAGCUUUCCGGAAUCUGAUUCACCGAGGCAAUCCGAGACUAACUGCUUCUAUCAGAAACCGAUUUCAGCAUCAUCCAUGGAAGGAGCCAAUCAAGCCUUGUCAAGCCAAGAACCUUUCUUAAGCCAAGCAAUCAUGACACUCCCUUCUUCUACCUCAUCACCACUCACUGCAAAUUCAAGACGUAAGCGCAAAAUCAACCACUUGCUGCCACAAGAAAUGACUCGAGAAAAGAGAAAGAGGAGGAAAACAAAACCAAGUAAAAACAUUGAAGAGAUUGAGAAUCAAAGAAUAAACCACAUCGCUGUCGAACGAAAUCGAAGACGUCAAAUGAACGAACAUAUCAACUCUCUCCGUGCCCUUCUCCCACCUUCCUACAUCCAACGAGGAGACCAAGCUUCCAUAGUAGGAGGAGCGAUAAACUACGUGAAGGUUCUAGAGCAAAUCAUACAAUCUCUUGAAUCGCAAAAGAGAACGCAACAAGAAAGCAGUGAGGUAGUAGAAAACGCAAUUAAUCAUCUCUCAGGCAUUUCGUCGAACGCCUUGUGGACAACUCAAGAAGAUCAAACUUAUAUCCCCAAAAUCGAAGCUACAGUGAUACAAAACCAUGUCAGCCUUAAAGUUCAAUGCCCGAAGAAACAAGGACAACUUCUCAAAGGAAUCAUUUCACUCGAAAAGCUUAAACUCACUGUUCUUCAUCUGAAUAUCACCACUUCGUCUCAUUCCUCUGUUUCUUAUUCCUUCAACCUCAAGAUGGAGGAUGAGUGCGAAUUAGAAUCAGCCGACGAGAUUACGGCGGCGGUGCAUCAGAUUUUCGAUAUUCCGACGAUUUGAUUAAAACACAUAUGGCCAAAAUAUAAUUCCAAAAAAUAUUAGCAGCUGACAAAAUGGUAUCUUUUUUUUUUCCUACGUGUACUAUUUUUUUAAGAAUUAAGAGAAUAAAAAUUCGUUUUUCGUUCUUUCAUUUUCCUACUGACAGAAUUAAAUUCUGUUUUGUUCGUAUAUUAUUGGAUUGUUCGAUUAUUA